AUGUAUUUUUGUAAUCCUUAUUCCUUGAAGCAUCCCCCGGGUACGGAUGUGAAGCUGGGCGAGUUGCAGCGUUUGGAGAGUGCGACGGUCACAUCGUUCAUCAACACUUUUAUCCACUUCAUCUUCUACAUCCCGGCGAUGCUGGUGGUUGGGUUGCACGGGUUCGGGCUCCCGCCCGUGGUCAUCUUACUGUGCGACUUUCUGGUCUACGGGGAAUUCUUGGUGCACCCCACGAUGUUGCUCAUAGGCAGCACCAAGAUGCGACAGGAAAUCACACAUUCCAUCAAGAAGCGGCUCUGCUGUCGUCGGUUUGCCACAACUCCUCCGCAUUGCACCGCCUCAAACCGCCGGAUGAACCAAGGCUUGUCGAGAUUCCAGUGGCUUUUUCGCUCACGUCGGUGUCGACCGUCGCUAACGAUGCGAGAACAAGUUCCGACGCCUGUUCCGGAGCCGGUCUGACGACUCGCCAACGAAAUUUUUCGUCGUUUCUUCCCGUGGUUUUCUUGGAAGAAAGCCGCUUGAUCCGGGUAAAACUUGGUUUGAAAAUCUUGAAAGAAAUGGAAGGAAAAAAAAACUGGACAACACUGAGGAAUUUUAAAUUUCUUGAGACAUUCCGAACACGUGUCAUGUGGCUUCCAGUCUUCUCUUUUUUUUUUCUAAGAAAAAUAAUUGUUGCGAGUCUGUUGCUUUCUUUUUCACUGGUCAUUUUCUCAACCGUCUUCGUCGUCAUUCUACUUCUGGAAUUUCAAGUUUACGAAACGAAAAAGGAAGCGCUCGCCGAGAUUUCCUUGAAACGUUGAAAGGUAGAUUUUUCCACUUGAGGCUUCCCGCACCAUCCACUGUUCUUCAUCUUCUACCGUUUUACGAGCUCUUCUCGACUUUCUUCCGAUGCUAGGUAAUCGAGUGGGACAGAAAAGUGUCUGUUCUUUAAUCGUUGGUGUUAGGACAGGAUUAGAUCUGAUGUCAAUUGUAGCAUCUCUGUCCCGUCUCUGAACUUAAUUUUGAGAUCUCUGAAAAAAGUUUGCUCAAGUGAAGCGACAAUAGAUCAUUGAUACGAAGAGAGGAAAUUUUGAAAAGCACUGUGGGAUUUACUCUUUUGAUUAGAGGGGGAAUCUCGACUUCUCAUUGGAAAUCAGAUCCUUAGAAAGGGUACUAGUGAGGCUUGUAAUUUCCUUGGGUUUGAUAACUGAAAAGGACGUGUCUCAGUUUGACUAUUCAGCAGGUUUUCGUUUUGUUUCAGGAAAGUUUUUCUUACACUGUCAGAGCUCUGUGUUUGUAAUAGCGUUUCUUUGUCGGUGAGAUAAGUAUGGUCAGGUGAAAUUCGGUAAAUUCAAGGGAUAUCCUGAAAAUGACGAAAAGUUGAUUCUAAAAGUACUGUACGACCAGCUGUGUCCUGUGUAGUUACGUGGGAGGGGGUGGAAUGCGCAAAAUCGUAUUUAAUGCCGAAACGAAUAUUGGCGAACAGGGAAGUCUUGUUUCGGAUUGAUGACAAAGCUUUAGUUGCCAUUGAAAUACUAUACUAGGGAUUUUUCAACUGUGAUACGUAACCUAAAUCAUCCGUGCUCCUUUGAUUACGUUUUUAUCAUCUUUUUUUUUUCAUUGUUAAUUUGAUGUGUUCGUUUAUUUUUUGGCACAUGGGCAUGCGAAACCGGUGGAGACAUUUUCGGCUCAUGUGCAUGGCAUUAACUUUAUUUCUCAUUGUGCAUUGAUCUCGUGGUGGAUUAUCCAGCAGUUGCAUCAAGAAGGGCAUUAGUUUUUCUGAUAGGGUGUAAUGAAGACUCUAGUUUUGGUCUCUUCUGAAUA